AAUGUCACUAAUAUUUUUCAAACGCAAUAGUCAACAUUCAACAGCAAUGUAAUCAAAAAUAAACGCAAAAUGAGUGCAAUUUUAAAAUUCAUCCGUGAGAAUCAUAUCCUGGCGGUAAUAGAACAGGCUAUCGCAGAAAAGAAAUCUCGGGUCAUUUUAAAUUCAUUCGAAAUAACAGAUAUACCACCUCUUUUAUACACUUGCACUCACAUCGAAUAUCUUUAUUUACACACCAAUGAAUUGACUGAGAUCCCAGUACAAAUCACCCAACUCUUAAACUUGACUACGUUGACUCUGGAUUAUAACAACAUAAGUGUUUUACCGCCUGAAAUUGGAAAUUUAAAAAAUCUAAUAAAUCUCAACAUAAGCUACAACCCGCUAAAGGAAUUGGCCCCAGAGAUUGGUGAAUUGGAAAGUUUGGAAGCAUUCUGGUGCAACAGGACGGGCUUGGUGGAAAUACCGAAGGAGAUCGGCAAAUUAACGAAAUUAGACACAUUCGGUGCUCGAGGUAAUGAAUUGAAAUCUAUUCCGGAAGAGAUGACGAGAUUAACAAAAUUGAGAUGGCUCACCCUUGAAUUUAAUGAAAUAGAAAGUCUACCACCCAACAUGGAUAGAAUGGACAGUCUCGUCCACUGUAACUUUAAGCACAACAGAAUAAAGGAGUUCCCGACGUCUUUGCUCAAAUGCAGUAACCUCAUGUAUUUACAACUUAGUUACAAUCAGAUUACCAAUCUUCCGCCGGAUUUUAUCGCAAGCUUGCUGCCUGUGCUGGAGACGGUUGACCUGAGAUACAAUCCGAUAUCAAACGUGACUAAUAAUGACAGUGGCCAAAUACGAUACUCAGAAGACCAGCUCCGUAAUGAUAACGCAGAUAUGGGUACUCCUUCGUCCAGUCGAUACGCGACGCAGGCGCUCGCUAUAAAUGCGACGGCUCUGCGGCUUCCGGCCGUACCAGCUCCGAGACACCCAGACCCUGUCAUAGUAGAUGAAAUGGAUCUUGAUGCGUCGUCGAUAGAUUCGUCCGAGGACUGGGAGAACAGCGUGGACAGCUCAGACCUGGAUGUUCAGUACCAGAACGAAGACGAUCGAGCCGUUAAUGAGCUUGCGCAAUUCUUACAGGCCAUCGGUAUGGUGUUGCCAGAGCUGUCACGUUACGCGUCAACUGCAAGCUAAAUUAUUGUAUCGGGCAACUCUGUUUACAAUUCAAUUUCACACUGAAAACAUUGGACUUA